CUUUGUGUUUACCAGCCGACGAACCCACCACAAGCCGUCGAACGGCGGCCAUGUUUGAAUUCGCAAAGUCCGCGCUCACAGGAGCACUCGGUUCGAAAGGACCUAGUCUUCCCUUCACUGUUGGAGAGGUCGUGCAUUCGGAUGCGCUCUGGACUAUUCAUGACGGUAGUAAAAAGGACGACCGGACACCUGUGAGCGUCUUUGUCUUUGAUUCUGUCCGACAUCGCGACAAGCUGCCCUUGGCGAGAAAUGCUCUCAAAAAGUGCAGAACAAUACGGCACCCUGAUAUGCUAAAAGUUAUUGAGGGCGUUGAGACGGAAACCAAGAUUAUAAUAGGGACGGAGGCUGUUACCCCUCUUCGAACAUAUAGCCCCCUAAAGUCACUCAAUCAGAACCUCAUAGCGUGGGGCUUGUAUAAGAUCGCCACGGCGAUCAAGUUUUUGAACACAGACUGUAAUAUGAUUCAUGGGAAUAUUCGAGUUGACUCUAUUUAUACGACCAAAGCGGGAGAGUGGAAAUUGGGAGGGUUCGAGCUGUUAAGCUCGCUGAAAGAGGACAACCCGGUGAUAUUGACAUACGGAGGCUACCUACCAGAAGCUUCAAAGUACGCACCGCCCGAGGUGAGAAAGACCUCCUGGACAGCAUGCCGCAACACGCCAUCCAAUGCCGUCGAUUCCUGGGCGUUUGGUUGCCUGAUACACGAGAUUUUUAAUGGUUUUUUCUCACGACCGGAAGAUCUUGGGCAGCGUGGCGAUAUACCACAAGAGCUUUUCCCUAUUUACAAGUCCUUCCUGAACAUGGAACCAAAGGCGCGAAUGACAAUGGGCGACUUUCUCGAUAAAGGAAUUUGGAAGCAGGGAUACUUUGAUAAGGAUUUCAUCUCCGUCACAUUGUUUUUGGAGCAAAUAGCCAUCAAGGAUGCGUUUGAAAAAGAGCAAUUUAUCAGGAAGAUUGACGCAUCGCUAGAAUCUUUUCCUCUCGAAUUUUGCAAGUAUAAGAUCCUUCCCGAGCUGAUCCAGGCCGUCGAAUAUGGCGGCGCGGGGGCCAAAGCUUUGACCCCAAUUUUGAAACUUGGUGGCAAGCUAGAUCAGCAGGAGUUUGAUAAUCUAGUGGUGCCGAUUGUCAUCAAGUUGUUUGCUUCCUCUGAUCGAGCAAUUCGAGUCAGCCUCUGUGAGGGCCUGCCCAAUUUCAUCAACAAUCUCAACUCUAAAACCGUUUCCGACAAGAUCUUCCCUAACCUCGCAAUCGGAUUUAUGGACUCAAGUGCUGUGAUCCGCGAAUGCACACUGAAAUCAGUGCUUGUUAUAAUAGGGAAGCUAAACGAAAGAAUAACGAACAACGAUCUUUUAAGAUAUUUAGCAAAGCUACAACAGGAUGAGGAACCAGGAAUUCGGACGAACACCACCAUAUGUCUUGGAAAAAUUAGCAAGCAUUUGAAUGAUGCGACAAAGAAACGUGUCCUGGUUCCUGCCUUUCUGAGAAGUUUCAACGACCCAUUCGCUCCGGCGCGAACUGCGGGACUUGUCGCGCUGGCAGCGACGGUAGAGUUUUACGAUGGACAGGACUGUGCACAGAGAAUUAUUCCGACCCUUGCGCCGCUCCUUCUCGAUCCGGAGAAGCAGGUCCGGAGACAAGCAUUUAAUAACAUGGAGAUCUUCGUGAAAAAGUUGGAGAAGAUUGCGGACAACAUGCCAGAAACAUCCGUGCCUGCUGGCACUGUCGCAAACGGAGGCCCCGGCGCCUCACAGCCACCGGGGGCAUCGACAGAGGGUUGGGCGAAUUGGGCUAUUUCAGCUGUUUCGACAAAACUUGGUACUAGUUUAACUCCAAAUGGAUCCUCAACCGAUUUGACCAAAACACCACCAACGACAACGAAACCGGCUCCUACCACUGCUUCUUCUACUCCAUUAAACCCUUCUAUUGCCACACAAGCUCGGAACAUGGCGCCGUCCGUAGCCAUGGCACCCCUAGUCCCUGUCAGCGCACCAAAUGGAUGGGAUGUUGGAGCCGCAGGCUGGGGUUGGGAUACGGAAAGCGAUCUCCCUCCAGUUACCAAAACGGUGUCCCAGCCAAGCAGCUCGAAGGGUGUUGGAUCGGCAUUUUCCAUCAAGGCGGCAAAAGCCACGGAAAACUGGGCAGAGUGGGGCGACAACUUCGAUCCUAUACCAAGCAGCAAGCCAAACCGCUCAACAGCUCAACCCACUACUAGCCUAGUUUCCAGUGGAGAAAAUGCAUGGACCGAAAAUUGGGGUGGGGAUGGGUGGGAUAUUGAUCCUUUAACACCAUCCAGACCAUUAUCAUCCAACAGUAUUGGAAGCCCAGGUGGUUCAGCGGAAGACAAAGAACGACGUCGUCAGCGUCUUGCAGAGCAACGUGAAGCGAGAAAAGCUGGCAAGUUGGGUGCUAGGAAAAUAUAACCAUGUCUUAAAUAUAGGUGACUUUCUAUGGAAGGCAUGUUAGCCUUAUGCAACAGAUUCAGUUGUGGGUUCCGUUUCCCCCGCAAUCGCCGCCUUUUGAGAUUCUCCUUCAGUUGAGCCACCUCCCGCAUUAUUAUCUAAACCCCCCUGAAUAGAUAAAUCUUCCCCCGUUAAGCGGUGCAUCAGAGAUUUUCGCUCUUGUUUGUUUAGCAGUAAUGAUACGCUCACGUGGGCACGCCAAAUAGGUAGAAGAAUAGUACUUCUGGCGCUACAACGAAAAUCAGUUGACAGGUCAAAGGCCAAUGUCGCUUUACUGAACUAUGAAUGAAUACCUUCCCGU